UUGGGUGGAGCACUUUACUGUGUCCCCUGACAGUGUGCACAUCGAAUUAAGACUUCAGCUUGUAGUCUGGUGUCUGGGCCACCAUGGCGAAGAACUGCAAUGCUUUAGGGAUUCCUGUGGGCCACAUGAGCCAGGCGGUGUCAGACGGAGAGUUGAACAUGACUGCACGGGGCUGUGGAGGCAGCAGCUCCAGCCUUCCGGGGACUCCGGGCGGAGAGGUCGGCCCGGCCAACAGCGUGCUGAGCUGGGCUGUCUCCUUUGAGAAGCUGUUGGAGGACCCCUGUGGAGUCCACUGCUUCACGUCCUUCUUGAGGUCUGAGGUGAGUGCGGAGAACAUUUUAUUCUGGCAGGCUUGUGAAAAGUUCAGGAAGAUCCCAGCCACCUCCUUGGAUGAGCUGAAAGCAGCAGCUCGCUCCAUCUAUGACACCUACCUGUCUGAGAGCGCUCCCUACUCCGUCAACAUCGACGACACAGCCAAGACAGAGGAGAAGGAUCUGGAACAGCCCACACGCGACAUGUUCAACAAGGCUCAAACACAGAUAUUUAAACUGAUGAAGAUGGACAGCUACAGGCGCUUUGUGCGCUCUCCUCUCUACCAGAGCUGCACCUUGGCAAGCGUAGAAGGCAAACCUCUACCUCAGCAAGUCCGGAUGGGAUCCUGGGAGGACGUGGCCACCAGAAGCACCUCCUUAAGUGACAAGAAGAACAAGACGUCAGACUCUAACAGCUUGCCAGGUGCCAAGAGUGCCUCCGAGAAGCAGCGUCAGAAAAGAGGAUCCUGGGGAGAUGCAUCCAACAUCCAUGGCUUAGUCACCCGAAAAGAGUUGCAUACAUCGGUGAAGUCAAGCAGCAGCGUUGAGCUUGGCUCCCUCUACAGGCAGAUAGAGAAUGGCAGAUCGAGUCCCCGGUCUCCAGAGCAGGGUGGGGGUGGGAGUCGGCUAGGGGUGGAGGGAGGCUACUGCUGCGUCUAUCUACCUGAUGGCAGUGCCUCCCUGGCCCCCACACGUAAUGGCCAGCCCAUCAAAGACAUGCUGGCCAGCUUGUGUGAGAAGAGGGGCUUCCCACUGAAAGAUGUCAUCAUCUACCUUCACGGCAAGGACAAGCAGCCCUUAUCGCUGGACCAGGACUGCUCUGUACUGAGGGAUCAGCAGGUCUCUCUCGAGCUCAGGGUGACGUUUGCGCUGGAGAUUGCCUUCACUGGAAAGACAGUGGGGAUUGUGGUGAAGUCCAGUAAGACGCUGCAGGACGCCCUCUCUGCGGUGCUUCACAAACACCAUCUCAAGCAGCAAGAGGCCCUGGUCACCAUGGUUGGGAGCGACGAGCCCGUGAACAUGUCCAGCACUGUGUUCAGACUGGCCAAUAAGACGCUACGGCUUGACAAAAGCAAAGGAAGAGAUGUUUCCAGAGCCAGUGGUCCAGCUGCAGCCACACAGGCAGGAGCAGGGGGUGCAGGUGGUCUGGAGACCAGAGCAUCGCUGCAGACGGACAGAACCAAGACUCAGCCCAGGCCCAGUAAGAACCGCGACAUGGACGGGUUUCUGGACAUGCUGACGAGGGCUCAGUGCUGCAGGGUUGAUGACCAGCGAGGCCUGUUGACCAAAGACCAGCUGGAGGUCCCCUUGUUUCUGCAGCUGUCCUCGGAUCAGGGACAGGACGCCGAGCCAGACCAGGCCAGCGCAGCCAGCGCCCCCACUGCAGACUCCAAAGAAGACAAGACGCCAUCAACUCCAAGUUCAGCUGGAGCAGCGGAGGAAACCCCAGACUCCGCUCAGUCUCAACCCAAAGACUUGAGGGAAACGAUGGUUUGAGAGACACGUGUGUGUGUGUGCCUGUGUGUGUGUGAGUGUGGGUUCGCAGACCCAAUCAAAAACUACAACAAUUAUCUUGCAGCAUCAUGUUGACCAAUCGUGUCAAACCACAGAAUCUCAUUUUUAGUGAAAAAUGGUCAAGCACUUUUUAUAAUUGUUUACAAAUAAGCUCUGAGACUGCAGUGUGCUACCAUCUCUGCUCUGGAUAAUUAGCCUCUCGAGGUGAUAUGCAAAGAAGAAGAAAGAUCAUGGCCAGCGUUUAGUGUCGGUUCAAAACACUACACGUCUUAAAGAGAGAAAUGUUUGCUAUGAAUUGUUUAAUAUAUGGAGAAAUGUUUGAAAAGAAGUUCAGCUCACCCUGGAGCCAGUGUGUUUGCUGUAGUAGUCCCUGAUGUUUAACGCUGUACAGUUUGCACUUCACAUUGCUUUUAUUUCUCACAAUCUCACUUUGCUUUCCUUUGAACUCUAAGCAAAAACGUGUUUCUUCACAGGACUGUCCAGAAGGGGGGUUUUGAAGUGUAUUGCACAAUUGUUUCUUUUUUCUUUAUCUGAGUUAAGAUUAUUGAAUAUUUUUACUGAGAUGCGUUUUUAAUAUUUUAAAUGACUAAUUUUGUGUGCUGACUUGCUAUUUUCAAAUGUGUGUUUGCGGUGUUUUAAUGCAUUUCGUUUGCUGUGAUGGCACUUUGAGAAGCCCUGGUCAAGUCCUGUUUUCCUGUCACCUCAGACUACGUCUCAGGGUCCAGAUCAUGAAUUAGUAAUGCGAUAUUACAGCAAAUGAAUCAGACGAUGUGAUCAUUAAGAAUAAUUCACAGGGUGUUUCCAAAGAAUUAAAGUGUUUUAUGUUAAACUGUGA